AAACGCAGCGUCACAGGAGACAGAGAGGGAGAGACUAGCGGUCGGCGAGGUCUUGAGAGUUGAGACCGAUCGAUGGACGCUCGGCGACGGCGGUCGUCGUGUCCGGGGGCGGCCGUGCCGCUCCUGCUCGUGCUUGCCGCGUCCUUCGAAGGGGGUCAUGCGGCCGCCGCGGCCGCGCCCGCGCCCGUCGGCGCUCCUUCAGGCGACGCUGGCAUGACGGCGCUGCAGAAGCACACGGCGUUCUUCGAUAGCAACCACGACGGCAUCGUCACCUUCGACGAGACGUACGAAGGCUUGAAGGAGGUUGGAGUCGGAACCGUCACGGCCAAAGCCAGUGCUGCCUUCAUCAACGCCGCCCUUGGCCCCAAGACCAGACCUGAUAAUUCGAACUCGUCACGCAUGGAUAUCUACAUUGUGAACAUCCACAAAGGGAUCCAUGGAAGCGAUACAGGCGCAUACGACGCUCAAGGAAGGUUCGUUCCCGAGAAGUUGGAUGAGAUGUUCGCCAAGCACGGCAAAAAUGUAUCCAAUGCCCUGACGAAAGACGAGCUCGACGAGAUGCUCAAAGCAAACCGAGAGGACAAGGACUUCAAAGGAUGGCUCGGAGCUUCGGCGGAGUGGAAGAUGCUGUACAACAUCGCCAAGGACAAGGACGGGUAUCUUCCCAAGGGCACCGUGAGAGCCGUCUACGAUGGAACCCUCUUUUAUCAGUUGGCGGCGCUGAGGAAGAAGGGCUGAUUGCGUCCGAGAAACAAGCAUGAUUUAGUUGCUGCCUGAUUAUAUAUGUACCUGUAUAAGAAAAUUGGUCAAUACUAGUAAGGCCCUGUUUUGCUGUAAUAUCAAAAAAAAAAAAUGCAACCGACCGAGUGGUCGGCCGCUGCAUAAAAGGGUCUUGGGCUGACCUGUCCAUCGCCCCGAGCCCAGAUCGGCCAUACCACAAACCCUAAUCCUAGCUCAUCUGCCCGUCGUCCCCUGCACCAGUCGCCGCCGUCCUUGGCUUUCCGUGCUUGUCAUCAGUGCCGACCGCGUCGUCUCCGCCUGUAACAUGCUGCUUCCUAUCGUCGUG